AUGCAGACUAUCGACGAGAUUCGACGAACGGGCGAGCCGACUGCGAGCGAGGGAAGAGCGGUCAAGCCUACACCGGACUCUGCUGAGCUCGAGCGCGGCGAGAAGGGCGAGGUGGGCGAACGAGCAGAAGAUCAGGCUGAGGGAGGACGCAAAGGGAUGCGGUUCUGGUUGAUCUACCUCUCGCUGCUGUUGGCGACGUUUGAAGCGGCAGUCGAGCAGACUGCGCUUUCGACUGCUCUACCGACCAUCGCCGACGACCUGCAUUCGACGAGCCCGUCCUGGGUCGCCAACUCGUUCAUGAUAGCCUCGACCGCUGCAAUUCCUUGGUCCGGCGGGCUCGCCUACAUCUUCGGACGCCGGCCUGUCAUGCUCGCUGGCCUCGGACUGUUCUCGCUUGGAUCAAUUGUCGGCGGCGCGGCGAAAAACAUGACGACGAUGCUGGCCGGUCGAGGCAUCCAAGGCGCAGGCGCAGGCGUCAUCUUCGCCAUCGUCGAGAUCAUCCUCUCCGACCUCGUUCCGCUCUCCGAACGCGGCCUCUACCAAGCCGGAUUCAGCGCGACCUGGAGCUUUGCGAGCGCGACAGGGCCGCUCAUCGGCGGCGCAUUCGCCUCGUUCGAUUACCGCUGGUUGUUCUGGAUCAACCCGAUCAUGUCGCUGCCGAUCGCACUGUGCUGCGUCUGGGUCAUGAAGCUCAAGGGUCCUGAGGACGACAUGCGCGAGAAGCUCGCCAAGAUGGACUGGAUUGGCAACCUCGUCUUCAUUCCCUCGAUGAGCGUGCUCAUCCUCGGCAUCGUCUGGGGCGGCGUCGACCAUCCCUGGCGGUCUGCGCACGUCCUCGCCACUAUUGUCUGCGGCGCCGCAGGACUCGUCGCUUGGUUCUUCAUCGAGAAGCACUGGGUCAAGCACCCGACCGUCCCCUUCGCUGCGAUCCUCAACAAGACGAGCUUGAUUGGUUUCGUUACGACCUUCCUGCAUGGCAUCGUCACGAUGUGUGUGUACUACUUGUGGCCCGCCUACUUCCAAUCUGCCAAGGCAGCAUCGACGAUCCGCUCAGCAGUCGACUUCCUCCCCGUCGUCGGCUUAGUCUCGCCUGUUGCCGUCAUCACUGGCUUCUCGACGAACUACCUGCAGGCGUACAAGCCGCAGAACAUCGUCGGCUUCGUUCUCCUCACCGUCGGCGUUGGCUUGCUCGCUCUUACGACGGAAGCGACCUCGACGGCGGGAUGGGUCCUGAUCCCGAUGGUCGUCGCCCUCGGCAUCGGUGUCAUCUAUGCAGCAACCGUGUUCCCUGUCCUCGCGCCCCUUCCGCCCGAUCUCGCCGGUCAAGCCCUGGCUUUCCAAAUGCUCGUCCGCACAUUCGGCAUGGUGCUCGGGACUUCGAUCGGCCUGACCGUCAUCACGAACGGUCUCGGGAAGCACCUCCCGCAAGCGUACCUCGACAUGGUCCCGGACGGAGUUGCGGGCGCGUACUCGUCUAUCCCGCUCAUCAGGACCCUCGAGGAGCCGCUCAAGACGGAAGUCCGGCACGCAUUUGCGCAAGCCCUGCGGAUCGUCUGGCUCGUCAUGGUUCCCUUCGCUGGCCUCGCCCUCAUCCUCUCCUUCUUCAUGGACGCGCUCCCGCUCAACACCGCCAAGGACGAGAACUUUGGCGUCAAGCAGAAGAAGGGUGGCUCGCCUGACGACGUCGAGAAGGCCGAUGUCCCGCCUGCCGUUGCGUCCGAAGACGCGCAGCUGUACCCGACGGUGUCGAUCGCAGAAGCGACCGUGCGGAUGGCUUGA